CUACACACGGUCUGUCUUCUGAUGAGAAAUGCUUACCCUGUACAAAAGUGGUGUAUUGGGUGUGUAGUAGUGUAGGGGUAAGAAAGGAUUAUUUUGAAUAGAAAGGACUUGAGAGUUGUAACUAAAAUGUGCAGUUUCACUGAGUUUAGCAAUUAGGAAACCUGUUAUAUCAGCUAGCUUUGCUCAUCAAAGAAUUUUGAUCUUUAUCAGUUCUCAGAAAUCUGAUAAAAUCUUAUUAUUGGCUUUCUUGAUGGGUCAAUGCUGAAAGCUGGAUCAUUACCUUGGAAUAAUUAAAAAUCUUCAAAAUGGAUAAAUAUAUUCAUGAACUACCUGCAUUUAUUGGUGUGCUUCUUUUGUUAGGAACGUGUGGUCAUGUGGGUGCUGGACCGUGUGAGCAGGGCAGCUGUUACCCUGCUACCGGCGAUCUUUUAAUUGGGCGUGAGAUGAACUUGACCGCCUCGUCCACCUGUGGCCUGGAGCAGAAACAAAGGUACUGUGUGGUGAGCUACCUAGAGAAAGACACCAAGUGUUUCUUCUGCGACUCGCGCCAGCCGUGGGUGCCGGGCGUAUCGGACGAGAGCCACCGGAUAGAGAACAUCAUAUCCUCUCUACAGCACAAGCUGCCGACCCGAUGGUGGCAGGCCGAGACCGGCAAGGAGAAGGUUUCCAUCCAGCUCGAUCUGGAGGCCGAGUUUCACGUCACUCACAUCAUCAUGACCUUCAAAACAUUCAGACCCAAGGCCAUGCUCAUUGAAAGAUCCUUUGACUUCGGGGCUACCUGGCAGGUGUAUGUUUACUUUGCUCAGAGCUGUGACAGGUCGUUUCCUAAUGUACCAAAGGGCCCCGCUAAAGGCAACUAUGAUGUUAUAUGUGACGAAAGCUACUCAGCUGAGACACCUUCCAGCUAUGGUGAGGUCAUCUUCAAAGUUCUGAGAUACUCUGGCUCCGUCCGUGACCCUUACGGCGAGAAGGUUCAAAACUUGCUCAAGCUGACAAACCUGAGAAUCAACUUCACAGAGCUCCACACCUUAGGUGACACAUUGCUGGACACUAGGCCUGAGGUGAAAGAAAAGUACUACUAUGCUUUAAGUAACGUUGUCAUCAGAGGAAGCUGCUCUUGUUACGGACAUGCCUCAAGAUGUGUGCCAGUGCCUGGGUACAACAGGAGUGAAGAGAGCAUAGCUCACAUGGUCCAUGGUAAAUGUGAAUGCACACACAAUACUAAAGGGCAUAACUGUGAAGCGUGUGAGGACUUCUAUCAUGAUAUACCUUGGGGUCCCUCCAGGAUCAAUAAACCUUAUGUUUGUAAAAAGUGCAACUGCAACGACCAUGCAACGUCCUGCCAUUUUGAUGCAGCUUUGUUCAAAGCAUCAGGAGAAAAAAGUGGGGGUGUGUGUGACAACUGUAUGCACAACACUCAAGGCAUCAACUGCCAGGAGUGCAGGCCCUUCUUUUAUCAAGAUCCAACCAGAGACAUCAGGGAUCCAGAGAUUUGCCAGCCUUGUGACUGUGAUUCCUAUGGUUCCCAACGCAAUGGAUUAUGUGAACAGACAACAGAUGAAAUAGCGAAGACAGUGGCAGGAAGAUGUUUGUGUAAACCAUUUGUCGCUGGCCCUAGGUGUGACCGCUGUAUAGAGAACUACUGGAACCUCAGGCAGGAUAAUCCUCUGGGCUGUGAACCUUGUACCUGCAACCCUAAUGGAACUGUCCCUGAUGUGGGUUGUGAUAUAGACUCUGGUCUCUGUAGGUGUAAGAGAUAUGUCACUGGAAAAGAUUGUGACAGGUGUUAUCCAGGGUACUAUCAGCUGAGUCGAGACAAUCGCUAUGGCUGCAAACCCUGUCACUGUGACAUUGGUGCCUCCCUCAGCUUCACCUGUGACUAUGAUACAGGCAAAUGUCCUUGUCGGCCCAACAUCAGAGGCAGAGACUGUAAAGAGGUUGAUCCUGGAUAUUUCUUUGCUCAUUUGGACCAUUACCUAUUUGAAGCUGAAUAUGGAAAAGGCAGCGGGAAUGCCCGUAUUUAUGCUAGAGAGCCAAUCACUGGUCAUUCCUAUUGGACUGGACUAGGCUACAUGCGAGUUAUGGAAGGGGACAGUAUAGAAUUUACUGUAUCUGGACUACCUUUAAGCAUCAACUAUGACAUAGUCAUCAGAUAUGACCCCAGGAUGCCUGAAACUUUUGAAGAUGUGAAAGUUACAGUGAUUAGACCAGGUCAAGUGGACCCUAAUGGACUGUGUGGGGACUACAGGCCCAGAGAUGACCUGAAGACAGUCUCUCUGCCACCAGGCACACGCUACUACUUAGUAUCACCGCCAUCGUGUUUGGAAGAUAAAACCACAUACACCAUUAGAAUAGACUUUAACGCCUACAAGUCAGGCCAGUCCAAUCCAGAUGCUACACUCUUGAUAGAUUCUAUUGUUUUGGUCCCCAAUACUGAAAGCAUUCCUAUUUAUCAAGGCCGUGGACUACCAGAAUACAUGAAAAAUGAAUUCUUGUAUCACAGAUGUGAUACAGCUCAGUACUCUUCAUACAGACAAACUCUACAGAGAAACUGCCCAAAGCAUAUUUUCUCUAUCUCAGCUAUUUUACACAAUGGAGCUUUAGCUUGUGAGUGUGAUGUGACUGGCUCAGUUAGCCUUGAGUGUAACCCAAGUGGUGGACAGUGUGAGUGUAAGCCUAAUGUAGUGGGCAGGAAGUGUGACCAGUGUGCUCCAGGCACCUAUGGAUUUGGACCCAAUGGCUGCACACCAUGUAACUGUCAUGAGUUUGGUGCCAGAGACAAGUUCUGUAAUGAGCAAACUGGACAGUGUACCUGCAACCAGAACAUUGGUGGCCGUGCCUGUGACCAGUGCAAGGUUGGCUUCUGGGGGUUCCCACAGUGCAGAGCCUGCCAGUGUAACGGCAACGCUGAAACCUGCGACCCACUCACUGGGGUCUGUAUAAACUGUCGGGACUUUACUGCUGGUGAUAACUGUCAGAGCUGUGACCAAGGCUAUUAUGGAGAUCCCAGAAUUGGUGUUCGUGUCCCAUGCAAGCCUUGUAUGUGUCCCAAUGGCCCAACCAGCUCCAUUCAACAUGCAAACUCCUGCUCCUAUGAUCCCCGCUAUCAGGAAGUUUAUUGUAACUGCAAUCCUGGGUAUUCAGGCCGCAAUUGUGAGACCUGCAUAGAAAACUACUAUGGUAACCCAACUGUUAUUGGAGGUGUAUGCCAGCCUUGUGUCUGUAACAACAACAUCAACGUAGACGACCCGGGGAGCUGCAAUGGCUUAACUGGAGAGUGCCUGAAAUGUCUCUACAACACUGAAGGCUUUGCUUGUGAACAUUGUCGCAAUGGCUACUUUGGGGAUGCUACCAAACAGAAUUGUGCUCGUUGUGUCUGCCAUUCUUUAGGCACCAACUCUUCUUUAGGAGAGUGUGACAGGGAUUCUGGUCAGUGUCCUUGUUUCCCUAAUGUCAUUGGUCAGAAAUGUGAUCAGUGCAGCCCAGCCCACUGGAACAUCAACAGCAAACAAGGCUGCACUGCUUGUGACUGCGAUCCCUCAGGCUCUACAAGUCUAGAAUGUAACCAGUUCACUGGCCAGUGUAAUUGUUUAGAUGGAAGAGGUGGACCCAAAUGUGCUGACUGUGAGGAUUUCUUUUAUGGAGAUCCUACUGAAGCGUGUUUUCCCUGUGACUGCAACAAACAGGGCUCCACAUCCCUACAGUGUGACCGUAGAACUGGCCAGUGCAGCUGUGUGGCUGGAGUGACCGGCUACAAGUGUGACCGCUGUGCUCGUGGAACUACUGGUGACCUUCCCAACUGUGUCCCUUGUGGUGAAUGUUUUGACAACUGGGAUAAAAUCAUCAUGGAGCUUCAAGACCAGACCCAUGAUCUUGUCAAGAGAGCCAAUGAAGUUUCUGUGACUGGUGCCAUCAAGGCAUUUGAUGAAGAGUUCAAGCUGAUGGAGCAUAACAUUGAAGAGAUCCGCAACAUCUUGUCUAAUGUCAACUUUACUCAGUUUGACAUCCAGGAGACUAAAGACCUGCUCAAAUACUUAAACGCUAACUUGACUGAAGGCUCCUUAGCUUUACGUCAGUUAGAUACCAAUCUGACCAGCUCUAAAAUAAAAAUCAUGAAAGAAGCAUUAAGAGUUGACAUGAUUGAGAACCGGAUCAAAGCUUUAGCUAACCUUGCCGCUGAGCUGAGAAACAAUGCCACUAAUAUUCAGAUUCAGGAAAUUGGAGGGGCCUUUGAGAAAAUUAAAGAAGCUGAGCAAGAAUCCAAGACAGCCCAGCAGAGGGUGGAUGAUACAGCCAAAUACAUCAGCCAGUCUCAACAACUCAGGGCAGCCACAGAGAAACUCUUGGACGACAGAAAAGAGAGCUUUAAUGACCAGUUAAAAGAAAAUGCCCAAGCAUUGGACAGUUUGCAUAAAGAUGUUGAGAAAAUUGGAGAGGAUUUGUCUGAUAUAAAUAAUAUGGUUUGUGGUGUACCUGGCAAUCCAUGCUCUGCCCUGUGUGGUGGUGGGGGCUGUGGAAAGUGUGGUGGUGAGAGUUGCUUUGGGGCUGUUACUUCAGCCAACUCUGCCCUAAAGCUGGUUCAGACAACUGAAGACUUGCUCAAUAACAAGAUCAAGAAUGCCACGCAGCACCUCAUACCUGCAGCAGAGAUGGCCAGACAGGAUGCUAAUGAAGCCAAACAAGCUGCACAAGAAGCACUGGAAGAGGCUCAGAAUGCCAAUAGUCUGACACAGAAAACCAAAUCUGACUUGGAAGAUUUAAAUAAAAAGAUCAGAGACUUUUUGAUUGGUGCCAACACAUCUACACCAGAAAAUGUGGAAAAGAUUGCUAAUGAAGUGUUGUCUCUGAGAAUCCCUUGGACGCCAGAUGAAAUCAAACAGCUGGCAGAAAAGAUCAAUGUGGUUGUAGACUCUUUACAAAACAUUGACAAAAUCCUGGCUGACACAGCAGAGAAUAGGAGCAUAGCUGAAAACCUCAAACAACAGGCUGAUAAAGCUUCAACUGAGGCCAAGGCCAUCCGUAAGAAUGCUGAAGAGGUAAAGAAUGCACUUGAUGAAGCCAAGCAGGUCCAGCUCAGAGCUGAAAUGGCUAUACAAAAAGCUAAAGAGGACAUCAAAAGUGCUGAAAUGGAUUUAACAUUGAUUGGCCAAGAGGCAGGCAAUGUAAGUUCUCUAUCAACUGCCAGUGAGAAACUGUUGGAAAUGUUGAAAGAUAGUCUGGAGCAGCUGACCAGGAAGUACACCAAUCUUAAGGUGGACACUCUGGAGAAGGCAGAGAAAGCUGCUAGUGACGCUGCCAGAUCAGCGGAGAAGGCGUUCGAUAAAGCUUCAGAGUUCAAUAAAUCAUAUGAUGCCAUAGCUAACCAGCUAAAUGGCAAAUACAACCUCACUGGUGAUGCCAAACAACUGAGUGAUACCUUGAAGAUGCGGGCUGAUAAAAUCUACAGGAUUACAGCAACUAAGACAACCCAGCUAAAAGCUGCAAAUGACAAGAUAGCUAUGAAUGAAGCAAGGCUGUCCAAGGUGCAAGAAGAGAUCAACAAAUUGAACAGCCAGAUGGAUGCUUACAUAAAAACAAUAAAAGAAAGAUCCAACACCUAUGUGACAUGCUAACAUUUACUCACAGUAGCCUCUUCCUCAAUAGCUGCUUAGAUCUGUUUCAUUCUAUCAUCAGGCGCUAAUCAUUUAGAAGAAUCUUCAUGCUUAUUUUUUAAUCGGUUUCCUGAAAAAGGUUUUUAAAUUAGUUUUUUUUAAUUAAGCCUAAAGGUAGUGAUUAAUUUGGCAGUGCUUUUUUGUGCACCGCCAGCCUUACUAGGAUAAGCAAUACUCAGUUGUGUUAAUUAUUAAUUAGUAUGUAUUUAAAGGCUAACUUCUAUUGGUAUAGUUGUGUUAAUUAUUGGUAAUUUAAAGGCUAACUUCUUUUGGUAUAAAUGGCAUUUGACCCUUGACCUACAAUCAUAAGUUGUAAGACUAGAGAUCACAAGGGUCAAACAGAAUUCUGUGUUCACCAAGUUAUUUUCUACAGCAGGUAGCCUUGAGCAGUUGAAUAGAUUUGUGAAUUAGUUGCAAGGUUUUCAGUCCUGUGGCAUUGAAUUCUGAUACAUGUAAAUGAAUUAUAUUUGCUCAGCAUUAAAGUGUAAUUAUUUAGUAAGUUUGUACAAGUUAGUUAUGGUUGAGAAGAAUGAAUGAUGGGGAUGCUAGUGAACAAAUGCUUAGAUAUUUUGUUAGGUAGUACAUAUGGUCCAAUCCCACUAAGCAUGCUUAACACAAUCCUUGUAGGAUUAUUCAAAUUGUAGGUCAAUAUUUCUCCUUUUAUGGAGACCAAUUACUUCCUUCAACCAUCAGCUCACAACUUACACCUGUUAUAAAGCAUGCUUUUUUCUUUUCAUUUUGUACAUAAUCCAUGUAUACAUAUAUAUUUUAACAUAAGCCUUCGGCUAUGUUGUCACAUGUUGAAAUCUACCCAACCAAUGGUUAUGUGUAAUGAAUACAUGUAAUUAAGAAAUUUUCACUGCUUAGCUUUAUAACUUUUUGUACCAUAUAUUUAUAAUAAACCAAUUAACUAUAUUAUUGUUAACUCCCCAAUAAUUGUUUGUUGCCAUUUAUGGAUUUUCUAAAUGGGUUUAAAAACUUUUUAAACAUUUUCACUCCAAAUGUGAAAAAGCAUAAUCUAGAUGAAUAGUUGUGCAGAAACCUACAUACUUCAUAUACAGAGCUUUACUAUAUGAAAAAUAUGUAUCCUUAAAAUGAGUGAAAAUAGGCCAGUAAAAACCAUUUAUAGCUGUUUUUUUUUUUCUAAUUUUUUAAGUGUAAUAAGACUUCUUAUAAUUCUUUGUUUUUUAUUCUACCUUCCAUGUAUCAAAAAAAUAAAAUUCUCCAAUUAAUGUU